UGUACAGUCAUUCUUGACGGCCAAGAGGAGCCAGUCGUCGAUUGUCGGUCGUCGUCCGUUAUUCGAAUCGAUACCUAUAUGUGUACAUCGCGCUUAUGUGUCGAUACUCGCAGUUUUGAAACCAGUGUUUUCGCAAUAACCUACCGUAUUACCUAAGUACCACGGUUGUUUACGUGAUGACUAAAAUAUCACCAGCAUUAUUGAAACAGUUAUGGCUCACGUUUGGCGCAUCGCUGUCGUUCCUAAUCAUCGGCCUUGUGAGGGGCUACUCCGCCUCCGCAAUACCGUCCAUUGAAGCCAAUGAUCCAGAAAUUAUACAGAGCAGUGAACAGAAAUCAUGGAUGGGUGCCAUACCUCCUCUGGGUGCGUUCCUGGGCAGCAUGAUAUCAGGAACUCUGAUGCAGCACUUUGGUCGCAAGCGCACGUUACAAUUGACGUCACCGAUAUGGGUAGCCGCUUGGCUGAUCCUAGGUUUCGCGAAGUACUACCCACUUCUAUUAGUGGGUAGAAUUAUCACAGGAGUAGGUGUCGGCUUCGUCUUGGCUACUGCGCAGGUUUAUGUAAGUGAAUGCUGCGAUCCUGAGAUCCGUGGCCGACUAGGAUCCCUACCUACCCUCUCUAUGUCUCUGGGGAUCCUGAUCUCAUACGUCGCUGGUAGCUGGCUUUACUGGAGAUACCUCGCGUUCCUCUCGGCUAUAUUUUGCGUGGCACUGUUUGUGGUACUGCUGCCGCUCCCAGAGUCUCCAGUAUGGCUGCAGUCAAAGGGUUUAGAUGCAUCAGAUUCAAUAAAGUGGUUGCACUUAUCUGCACGCGCAACAGCUACCGUAAAGGAGGAUAAUCAAGAAAAAGCUGAGGAUCCAGCUGGACUUCCGAGCCUGUUCAGCCGCAAGGUGUUUUUCUCAGCCGUGGUGAUGAAGCCCAUGGUCAUUGGGUUUGCCCUGCUAUUUUUCCAACAGUUCAGUGGAAUUGAUGCUGUUAUAUUCUUCACUGUUGAGAUAUUUAGAAAUGCAGGCAGCACACUAGACGCGAUGACAGCUACCGUCAUCGUGGGACUGGUACAACUCCUCAGUAAUGGAGUUAGCACAAUGCUGGUAGACCGUGCAGGCCGUAGACCGUUGCUGCUCAUCUCUGCAGCUGUAAUGUGUGCUUCCAUGGCAUCCAUGGGAGCUGCAUUCUAUUUUCAAUUGAAGGAGGCUGCGUGGCUCGGGUAUCUCCCCAUUGUCAGCCUGGUAGUGUUCAUGCUGGGUUUCUCCCUCGGGUUCGGUGGCCUCCCGUUCCUGCUACUGGGCGAGUUGUUCCCAGCUCAGUACCGCUCCCAACUCUCAGCGAUGGCCAGCGCAGUGAAUUUGCUAUCAAUGUUCUCAGUCAUCAAGUCAUACCACGCACUUGACGCGGUACUUACAUCAGCUGGUACAUUCUGGUUGUACUCCUGCUUCUGUGCUGUCGCCUUCUUCUUCGUACUCUUCAUGGUGCCAGAGACCAAAGGAAAAUCCCUCGCGGAAAUUGAACAACAUUUUCGAGGUAACAAAAAAGGGAAAACGGAAAACGUGAAUAUGCAAACAGUAUUUUAGAUUUAAGAUUAUAUAAUAAGAAUAAUAUGUUUGAGAUAAAUAAACUCACAGAUUUAUUUUAAUAAGUUCUGAAAUUGUUAUGUACAGUGGGCAGCAAGUCAACAUACUCUUUUCUGUAAAAGUUUUUUAUUCGAUUGUCAACUCUAUCGUUAAGAAAUAAAGUCGAAAAUCUAAUGGCAUAAAUUGACACAUUGGAGUAGAUUGAUGUGCUGAACACUGUACAACAGUCCCUAUGCCAUCAAACUACCCCAUACUGAUUAUUAUCAAUAGAUUUUUUACUUUAUCGUAGAAGUACAAAGUUGAUUGCGGUUUUUACAUAUAGCUUUAUAGAGAGGUUAAGUCAUAAUAUAU